AUGUAUAUGAUUGGUAAGAUGAACUACUUUCUAGGACUUCAAAUUAAGCAACUAAAGAAUGGUAUCUUCAUCAACCAAUCCAAGUACUGCAAGGAAUUAUUGAAAAUACUCGAUAUGGAUAAUUGCAAAAUAAUGUCUACUCCAAUGGGAUCCGGAACAUAUGUAGAUCAAGAUGAAUCCGGUGUUUCAGUUGAUAUCACAAAGUAUCGAGCAAAUUCUAAGGAAUCUCAUCUCACUGCGGUAAAAAGGAUCAUGAAGUAUCUCAAAGGAACAUCAAAUGUCAGCCUAUGGUAUCCAAAAGGUAGUAUAUGUGAUUUAUUCGGUUAUUCUGACUCGGAUUAUGCAAGUUGUAAAAUUGAUUGCAAAAGUACGACUGGUUCACCUCCACACCACCAUAUCAAAGAUUUGCAUCACUACAUUUAA